AUGAGCACAGUUUUAUAAAGCAGACUUCAUAAUAUAAAAAAUAUGAAACUUCCUUUUUGCAAAAAAUAGAAUCACUAUGAUUCUUAAAUAAAUGAGCUAGAUAUGAAUAUUUUAAAUCCUGUUUGUUGUGUAUGUAGACAUGAUGAUAUACCUGAUAAUUCAGUAGUACCCAUUAUUACAAUAUUAAGCGAUUUAGCACGUUAAUUGGAUCUUUCAUUAAACACUAACCAUCAAAGAGUUUAGAAUAUGGAGCCAAGAUUUUUAGAGAUUUCUAGAGAUUUUAAAAAUUUAUCUUCACUAUGUGACCAGCUCUCUCAAGAUAUUUUAAUAUCGCUUGAUAAUUACAAAAAAACCAUUUAGAGAGAUCUUGAGAAGGAAAGGGUAGGGAAAAUCAUAGAUGAAAUAUCAAAGACAGACAACUACCCUGGAUUAAAGAAGGGGUUUAUAGAGCUCUAAGAAUAUACUGUCAAUGAAAAAACGCAUUUAACUUUAAAUAGAAGAAGGACAGAACAUUUUUAGGAAGAGGUUGACUAAAAUGCAGAAGUUUAUGUAAAUACCAUGCAAGAAAUUAUAAGACGUUUAUAAGAUAUUUUAGGCGAAAUGAGUGAAUGGAGUCUAAUAAAGGCAACAGAUGGCAUGCCUAUAGAUGAGAAAUAUAGUAGUCCUCGUCAAAAUUAACAUUCUCACUAUGAUACACCCAUGGGAGUUGAUAAUGAUUCAUAUAGUAAAAUAGAAGAUUACGAUGUUGAUAACAUUAAUCCUUAAAUGCUUAGAGGAAACUUAGAUUACUUGAAUAAUAAAAUUUUAAACAUAGACUUUUCAGGUAAAAUAGGAAAUGUGGAAAGCAUAGAGAGCUUAUGUUAAUUUUUAGCUAAAGUUGCAACUGAUGUGAAACAGCUCCAAGGAAUUAAAAUAGAUCUAAAAAGUUGGAAUUUAGGAGAUAAAUGCAUGAGAAAUAUUUUAUAAGGUGUUUCAAAUGUUUCUGAAAAUAAUAAUUAGCUAAAAGUAUUAGCUUUGAAAUUCUGCGAUUGGAAUGAUAAUAGUGAUAUUUCAGUAAAUGCUUUAGCUGAUUGCUUGAGGAAUGUUUCAAAAUUUAAUUAAUAGAUUGAACUACUCUCCCUCAAUUUAGAAUGUUGGCAUAAUUGCUCAGAAGGGGGAGUUUAAAAUUUGGUUUAGUCUCUAAAUAAUUUCUUGGGUAUGAAUAGAAACCUUUCAUCCUUCCAAUUAAAUAUGAGACACUGGAAAACUUGUGCAGAUGAUGCAGUUAUAUCACUUUCUUCAGUAAUUCAUCAGCUAGGAUCAAGUUCAAGAAAGCUUGCACACUUUAAUUUGAAUUUAUAUGAUUGGAAUAAAUGCACUAACGGAGCUGCAAAUUCAAUAGCAAAAGGAUUGAACUAGCUUUCAAAUAAUACUAUAAACUAGCUAAAAACUUUUGUAUUAGAAUUAGCUUAUUGGAAAGAGGCAACUGAAGUUGGGGCUAAUGCUAUUGCUAAAAGUAUUAACUAGAUAGUCUAAAAAAAUCCAAAUUUAACAAAUUUUGUUGCUAAUUUCUACAACUGGAAUCUAUAAAGUAAGGAACACUUAAACGCUUUAAGAUAAGAAUUAUCAAAGAAUACACAUUAUUCUAAUUUUUAACUAGCAUACUGA